CUUCUUCCUGCCACCUCGCGGCCUCCGCCCCCCAACGACCUCCUCCGCCGCCGCCGCCGCGACAUAAAAACCGGCGAUCCCCCCCUUAACUCCACCCUCUCUCGCCAGCACUGAUGGCCCACCGCCUCCUCCUCCCCACCAACCCCCUCCUGCCCCCCGGCACCGGCACCGCCACCCCGCGGCGGCGCCCCGUCGCCGCCACCGUCCGCGCGGCGCUCGCGACGUCGGCGGAGGAGGCGAGGGCGGCGACGGGGGCGGAGGUGGUGCGGUCGAUCCGGGCGAGGCAGAUCGUGGACAGCCGCGGGAACCCCACCGUGGAGGUCGACCUCGUCGCCGGGGACGGGCGGCUGCACCGCUCCGCGGUGCCCAGCGGCGCAUCCACGGGGAUCUACGAGGCGCUCGAGCUCCGCGACGGGGACGGGGCGGCGUACGGCGGGAAGGGCGUGCUCAACGCCGUCCGCAACAUCAACGAGGUCAUCGCGCCCAAGCUCGUCGGCGUCGACGUCAGGAACCAGAGUGAUGUUGAUGCAAUCAUGCUAGACAUUGAUGGAACUCCGAACAAGUCAAAAUUGGGUGCCAAUGCUAUUCUUGGAGUCUCUUUAAGCGUAUGCAGGGCUGGUGCUGGUGCAAAGGAAGUUCCUUUAUAUAAACAUAUUCAGGAGUUGGCUGGAACAAAGGAGCUUGUCAUGCCCGUCCCAGCUUUCAAUGUAAUAAAUGGAGGUAGCCAUGCGGGCAACAAUCUGGCCAUGCAGGAGUUCAUGCUUUUACCUGUGGGAGCAUCUUCAUUUUCUGAGGCUCUUCGCAUGGGUAGUGAAGUUUACCAUGCCCUAAAGGGCAUCAUUAAGGCGAAAUAUGGUCAAGAUGCAUGCAAUGUUGGAGAUGAAGGUGGCUUUGCUCCUAAUGUUCAAGACAACAGAGAAGGCCUUGUCUUGCUUAUGGAUGCCAUUGAGAAGGCAGGCUACUCUGGAAAGAUUAAAAUUGGAAUGGAUGUUGCAGCAUCAGAGUUUCUUACAAAGGAUGGAAGCUAUGACUUAAACUUUAAGAAUCAGCCUAAUGAUGGAGCUCAUGUUCUUUCAGCCCAGCGUCUCUGUGAUCUGUACAAAGAAUUUGUCAAGGAUUUCCCCAUUGUAUCAAUUGAGGACCCUUUCGAUCAAGAUGACUGGAGCUCAUGGGCAUCAUUGCAGUCUUCAGUUAAUAUCCAAAUUGUGGGGGAUGAUUUACUCGUCACGAACCCAAAACGUAUUGCAGAGGCUAUUGGCAAGAAGGCUUGCAAUGCUCUUUUGCUGAAGGUUAAUCAAAUUGGCACUGUCACUGAAUCAAUUCAAGCUGCUCUUGAUUCAAAAGCUGCUGGUUGGGGCGUGAUGGUCAGCCACAGGAGUGGGGAAACGGAAGAUAAUUUCAUCGCAGAUCUGGCUGUUGGUUUAGCAAGUGGUCAGAUCAAAACUGGUGCUCCAUGCCGUAGCGAGAGACUGGCAAAGUACAAUCAGCUUCUGCGGAUCGAAAUGGAGCUAGGCAAUGUGCGCUAUGCUGGGGAGGCAUUCAGGUCUCCCUAAGAAACAUACAUACCACACAACAUUCGGAAAGAGUCGCUUGUGUACUGUUGAGUAGAAAUAAGGUCUUGUACUAUUGAGGCAUCCUUAUUUUUUUUCUUAUCUUUUUGCAACUUAAUCUAUUGGAUGCAUGGUUGUAUAUGCAUCUGUAGCUUGUGCUACAGGAGAAGCCAUCCGAGAGACCGCUAAUGCUAGGAAACGAGCUGUAUUUCCUCAACAUGAUUAGUAACAUUUUUUGCCAUGCAUUAUUUAUCAAACUAAUCGGCUGUCUGAAACAUGGGAAAUUCUUCCCCAUUUACAGGAAGUUCACCCCCAAAUUCUUUA